AUGCCCUCUACCCAGACUUCGCGAAAGCCCUCUCGCCGGCGUUCUGGCUCCGGAUCGACCAUCCGAGCACCUCAUCUUUCCGUUGGCGAUCCCGUUGACCCGAACUUGGGAAAAUACACACUCGACAACCUGCCCUUAUUUCGCUGUGGGAAGUUGCCAUCCGAGGUGAUUAAGCAAGUCGAGAAGUUGGUGAAGUAUAUAGGAUCAAAGGUCCCGAUCGGCCAGAGAUCCUCUUGGCUGAAGGGACACCUGGAGGACGCUCAUCUCAACCACAUCGGCUUUGGAGAUAUGUUCGAGAGGCCUGAUCGGGCCAAGGAGACGGAAGUGCUGAAGGAAAUGGAACUGCAGCAUCCAUCACCGAGCGACUUUGAGAAGACGUAUAAGGCUCUCCUUCCAAAACUGCCAAAGUGUGAGACGCCGCAGAUCCGGGCGUUGAAGAUGCUCGAUAUGUACAGCAGGACUGGCUGGAUGAUGGACAAGGCGUGGGCCUAUCUCGAGGACAACUUUAACGUUGGUCUGAGAUGGGAUGUAUCCCAUCUGUGCGGCCACAGCCACUGCGUGCGUCCCUCGCACAUCAUCAUCGAGCUUCAUCUCGAGAACCUGGCUAGACAGCAGUGUGAGGGUGGCGAGCGAUGUCGUUGCGGCGACAUCCCAGACGCACCUGGCUUUGGGCAUCGUUGCCUGGGCCGCCGGAGCUGUUCGAAUACUUGCCCAGCGCAUCUGCGGCGUUUGAUCCGAGUAAUCGAGAAGCUGGACAUGUGGAAAGAGUGGAUCGACGCAACAGACAAAAAAAAUGCCGACAAAGAAAGAAUUCCUAUACAUCCCAGCAUGCGCUGCCGGGUGACCGAGAAGCAAGAUUACGAAGAGCGCCUGCAAGAUGCGCUUGAAGCUGUUAGCGCCGGGAAGGACGAGGAAGCUACCCAGACAGCACGCAAGAGGAAGGCGGACGAGGAACCCGUGGAGCGGAUCCAGAAGAAGGCUAAAGCUGUGACGGAACGUGAGGUGUCACCUCGGAGCAAGGCCACAACUAUGGCGCAACGUCGGGUUUCCAACAAGAAAAAUUAA